AUGUGGGAAAAAAUUCGCGUCAUCUUUACGAUCCCGGAACUUCGUCAGAAGAUUCUGCUCACGCUGGGAUUGUUGGCCAUCUACCGUGUUGGGUGGCAAAUCCCGCUCGCCAUCGUCGAUCAAGAGGCGAUGAAGCAGCUCUUCUCAGACAGCUCUGGCCUGACCAGCGUCCUCAAGCAAGUGGCCGUGUUCAGUGCGAGCAAUCUCAGCCAAAGCACGAUCUUUGGUCUGGGGAUCAUGCCGUAUAUUUCUGCCUCGAUUAUCUUCCAGUUGCUUUCCAGCGUCUGGGAGCCGCUCGAGCGAUUGCGGAAAGAGGGCGAAAGCGGCCAAAAGAAAAUCAACGAAUACACCCGUUAUGCCACAGUGAUCAUCUGCUUUGCACAGAGUUGGUUCUACGUGUCGUGGAUGGCCGGGGCCGAAUUGAUCAAGCCGGAGUUCCUCACCGAUGGACAACUCGGUUGGAUCUGGCACUUCACCGCCGUCAUGACAAUGACCACCGGCACGGUAUUCCUCAUGUGGUUGGGUGAACAGAUCGACGAAUACGGUAUCGGCAACGGUAUCAGCUUGCUCAUCAUGGCCGGUAUUUUGGCCGGCAUGCCGCAGGCUGGGUUCUCCGUGAUCGAGCCGAUGCUCAAGAACGGCGUCACCCUCGGCGGCACCGGAGGCACGGGCGUCGAACUGCUCGUCAUUCUGGUCACGCUGUUUAUCGGUGUGGUUGUGGGCGUGGUGUUCAUCACCCAGGGCCAGCGACGUAUUCCGACGCAAAGUGCCAAGCACGUGCGUGGCCGUCGGGUCUUCGGCGGUGGUCGCCAGUUCCUGCCGUUGCGAGUGAAUCAGGCUGGCGUGAUGCCGAUCAUCUUCGCCAGUAGCUUGUUGAUGUUCCCCUGGUUCAUCUUGCGAGCUGCCGCGAACGCCUACCCAACAUCGAACUGGAUUCAGGGCCUGGAGCAGGCGUUCAGCCGUGGUACUUCGUUCACCUACAACCUGCUCUACGUAGCGCUGAUCUACUUCUUCUGCUACUUCUGGACCGCCAUUACCUUCAACCCGAAGGACAUGGCCCAGAACUUGAAAGACUACGGAAGCUUCAUCCCCGGCUACCGUCCCGGCAAGCGAACCGCGGACUACUUGGAACGGGUGAUGGUGCGAAUUACAUACGUGGGGGCAGGGUUCCUGGCCCUGGUGGCAAUUUUGCCGACGAUUAUCUCCGAAUCGGCCAACAUCGAUAUGCAGGUAGCCAUGUUCUACGGGGGCACGGGCUUGCUGAUUGCUGUGAGUGUGGCAUUCGAUCUCGUGCAAAAGAUUGACAGCCACCUGGUGAUGAGGAAUUAUCGAGGUCGUACGAUGCUGCUUGUCUUUUUAGGACCACCAGGUGCAGGGAAGGGCACGCAGUCGAAGAAGCUGACCGCUCACUUCGAUAUUCCCCACCUCUCCACCGGUGAAAUGCUGCGGAUGGCCUGCAGCGAAGGCACGCAGAUCGGAAAGUUGGCCGAGUCCUACAUGAGCUCCGGGCAAUUGGUGCCCGACCCGAUCAUCUUGUCGAUCGUGGGAGACUGCCUGGACCGCGGCGAUUUCGACAACGGUUGCUUGUUCGACGGGUUUCCGCGAACGAUUGGUCAGGCCCAGUCGCUCGAUGCUUCGCUCAAGCAGCGUGGGACUCCGCUCGACGCUGUGCUCGAAUUGAAAGUAGAUGAUGAAGAACUCGAGCACCGCUUGAUGUCGCGGGGCCGGGACGACGACCGCAUCGAAGUUGUUCGCAAACGGCUCAAAGGCUAUCACGAUACGACUCAACCGCUGGUGCAGUACUACAGUAAGCAAGGGAUCCUAUGCCCCAUCGACGCAAUCGGGUCUCCCGACGAAGUCUUCGAACGCGUGCAGAACCUUCUGUCCCCCCGCGAAAUCGCCACCAUGCGGCAAGCCGGGCUCGUAGUCUGGGAGGCCCAUCAACUGGCCGCCAAGAUGCUUGCCCCGGGCGUGACCACGGCCGAGAUCGACGCUGCUGUCGAAGAACACUUCCUCAGCAAAGGCGCUAUCCCUCUGUUCAAGGGUGUGCCCGGCAAGGUUCCGUUUCCCGCGGUCACUUGCAUGUCGGUGAACGAAGCGGUGGUGCAUGGAAUUCCUGGCCCGCAGAAGCUGGUCGAAGGCGACAUCCUCAGUAUUGAUACUGGCUGCAAGCUGAACGGCUGGUGCGGCGACUCCGCGUUCACGCACCCCAUUGGCGAGAUUGACGACGAAAAAAAGCGGCUACUCGAAGUGACCCAAGGCGUGCUGAAGCUGGCGAUCGAUCAGAUUGCCCACUGCAAGCUGUGGAGCGAGGUGGCCAAACAAAUGGAAGAAUACGUCCGCAAAGCGAACUUCUCGGUGGUCGAGAACUUCGUCGGGCACGGCAUUGGCCGCGAAAUGCACGAAGACCCUCAGGUGCCGAACUUCGUCAGCGGGCAGUUCCGCCGCCGCGGCGAUUUCCGCCUCGAGCCGGGCCUGGUCAUCGCGAUCGAGCCGAUGGUGAAUGUGGGCACGAAAUAUGUCGAGGCUCUGCCCGACCAUUGGACCCAGGUAACCGAAGACCGCCGGCCGAGUGCUCACUUCGAGCACACGGUGGCCGUUACCGAAAAGGGGGCCGAAGUGCUCACCGCCGGGCCCGCUCAUGUCAGUUCGGCCUCGAUGAUGUCGGGCAUUGCAAAGUUGAGCUUUGCCGCCUCGGCCGAAGAGUUCGCGUUCAUGCCGCGUUUGCUUGGUGUAGAUAUUCCUAACGACCGCGCGAUUGUCGUUGCGCUCACCUACUUGUACGGCGUUGGUCCUAAGACCGCCCGACAGUUGUGCCACGACGCCGGCAUUGCUCAAGAUACAAAAGCUCGUGAUCUGGCCGACGAUGAAGUCGCCCGCAUUGCGACCUUGCUCGAUAAAGAUUUCGUCGUCGAAGGACAACUCCGACGACAGUUGGCUCAAAACAUUUCGCGAUUGCGAGACAUCGGUUGCUACCGCGGUCUUCGUCAUCGCCGUGGCCUCCCGGUUCGUGGGCAACGUACGAGAACCAACGCUCGUACACGAAAAGGCGUUCGAUCUGUGUCAAAGUCAAAGCGUCGUAAAGUCCGUCGUAAUGUGACCUCGGGCAUCGCCUACAUCAAGGCGACGUUCAAUAACACGACGGUCACCAUCACCGAUUCCAAGGGAGACGCCCUGUGCUGGAGCAGUGCUGGUACCGCCGGGUUCAAGGGAAGCCGCAAGAGCACGCCCUUUGCUGGCCAAAGCGCGGCCAAGCAGUGUGCCGACAAGGCCGCCAAGUUUGGCAUCAAGGAAGUUGAAGUUCGCGUGAAGGGACCAGGCAGCGGACGCGAAAGUGCAAUCACCGCACUUCAGUCGGCCGGGCUGACCAUCAAGUCAAUCGAAGACAUUACCCCCUUGCCACACAAUGGAUGCCGCCCCCGCAAGAAGCGACGCGUAAUAACCGGACCCGUUUGUCGGCUCUGCCGUCGCGAGCGGAUGAAGCUCUUCCUCAAGGGCACCCGUUGCGACACCCCCAAGUGCGCGAUCGAACGACGUGAUUCGCCCCCGGGCAUGCAACAGUCGCGACGCGGCAAACUCACCGACUACGGUAUCCACCUUCGCGAGAAGCAGAAGGUUAAGCACUAUUACGGCGUUCUGGAAAAGCAGUUCCGCAUUUACUUCUCCAAGGCCGAACGGUCGCGAAGAAAUACGGGCGAAGAAUUGAUGAGUCUGCUUGAGCGGCGGCUAGACAAUGUGGUUCACCGCAUGGGUUUCGCGCAAAGCCGUGCACAGGCCCGUCAGAUGGUGGCCCACGGUCACGUGACCCUCAAUGGUCAUCGUGCCGACCGCCCCAGCAUGCUGGUGAAGGUGGGUGACUUGAUCCGAGUGAAGAAUCGGGCCAAAAGCCUUCAGUUGACUCAGGCGAAUAUUGCCGAGAAUUCGCGUUCGGUACCCGACUUUUUGUCAUUGGGCGAGCAGCAGAUUCCCGAGGGUCAGGUGGUCCGCUUGCCGGGCGCCGAGGAUGUUUCUUGCGAUCAACAGAGCCUCACUUCGACCUACGGCAAGUUCGUUGCCGAGCCGUUCGAGCGUGGGUUCGGCACGACGGUCGGAAACAGCCUUCGCCGGAUUUUGCUCUCCGGGCUCGAAGGUAGCGCGGUCACGCAAAUUCGAGUUCACAACGCCCUGCACGAGUUCACCACACUGCCGGGUGUUGUCGAAGAUAUGACCGACAUUGUGCUCAACGUGAAAGCGUUGGUGGUCAAGAACCACAGCGAGCAAACCAAGGUCCUUCGUAUUGAGAAGAACAGCAAGGGCGUGGUUACCGCUGCAGACGUCGAGACCGACGAGUCGGUCGAAGUCAUCAACAAAGAUCACGUGCUAGCCACGUUGACCGAAGAUGUUCCCUUCAUCGUCGAGAUGGUGGUCGAAAACGGGCGUGGCUAUGUCCCUUCGACCGAACACAGCACGAUGGACCAGGAAGUCGGCAUCAUCCCGGUCGACGCCGUGUUCAGCCCCGUGGUGCGAGUCCGCUACGAAGUCGAGGAAACUCGUGUCGGUCAAAAGACGAACUACGACAAGCUGACGCUUGAGAUCUGGACCGAUGGCACGGUCGGGCCCGAGAUGGCCCUGGUCGAAGCGGCCAAAAUCCUCCGCAAGCACCUCAACCCCUUCAUGCAAUACAGCGACCUGGGUGCCUCGGUGCAUUCCGAGUCGCCGGGUCGGGCUUCGGGAGCGGAGAAAGAAGUCGAAGCGAUGCUCAACAUGAGCCUGGCCGAGUUGUCGCUCUCGGUUCGAGCCACGAACUGUCUCGAAUCGGAGAACAUCAACACGGUUCGCGACUUGGUGGGCUACACCGAAGACCAACUGCUUGAGCUGCGAAACUUCGGCGUCGACUACUUCGGUGCCAACCGCACAUUCCCCCAACUAGAUUCAGCGAUAUACCGCAACGAGACGAUCAUGCGACACCGACGAAAAGGUCGAACCCUGGGCCGCAGCCCCAGCCAUCAACGGGCAUUGCUCCGUAAUUUGGCCAGCAGUCUGUUCCUCACCGAAGAGGACACCGACGACGAUAAUGAGCCCAAGGUGAAGGGCCGCGUGAUCACCACACUGCAGAAGGCGAAAGAAGUUCGCCCGUUGGUCGAGCGUUGCAUCACCAUCGCCCGUCGUGGUCUGGUGGCCAUGGAAGAUGCCGAGCAAUACGCAGUCGACGCCGAACGCCACAGCGAGCAAUGGCGGGCUUGGCGACAAAGCGAUAAGUGGAACCAAUGGGCCCAGGCCAUGGCUCCCGCGGUCGAUGCACGACGUCGCGUACUGCGUUUGCUGGGGAACAAAGCCGCCGUUAGCGUGCUGUUCGACGAAGUCGCUCCGCGCUAUACCGAUCGUCCCGGCGGUUACACGCGGAUCAUCCGCUUGGCGAAGCCUCGCCUCGGCGAUGCCGGCACCCGUGCGAUUCUGGAGUUCGUUGGCGUUCGCGAUCGGGUAAGCCAGCGUUCGGUUGCUCCCGCGUUCGAUAGCGACGCUCCGGCCGAGAGUAGCGCUGAGCCCGAGGCCGUGGCCAGCAGCGAAAGCGAAUCGAAGUCGGAAGAGUAG